AUGAUCGAGGAUUUUGCAAAUGGGUUGCAUGGCUUUCUCAACUGGGAAUUUGCUGUAUGGGUCACAUUACAGGGGGAAUAUGACUUGGGCAGCACAAUAAGAACUAUGCAAAACAUUUUGGAAUUUGAAGCUGAUAACGAUAUCAAAUCCCUGUUCUAUGUUUUCAUCUGGAUCCUCAUCCUUUAUGAUGGGCCACUUGGCCACAAGCAUCAAGAUAUCAGCCAUGAAAAGACACUUCUUGGCUUGUGGAGUGAAAAGGUGGCUGAAGAUCUUGAAAUUGCCAGAUGCACCAAGUUCACAUUCCUUAAUGACCUGUCUGAAUUGAGGCUGGAUUCUGAGGUCUCGCAAUAUUUUCAAGAUCUAAUCCCUCUGGCUAAUGAGUGGUGCAUAUUGCUUGGGCAGUCCCUGCUGAGCGGAACUGCAGUGCAGUUCUCUGAUGUUAUCUCCAUUUUUGAUUGUUUCUUGGCCAGCAUGCCAUAUGAGAAACCACUGGAGAUGAUGAAUGCAUUCCAGCAGAUCAUUGCCCAGCACUAA